GGGGCCGAGGAGCUGCACAGCCUGGAGCUGGAGCAGAGCCGGCACCGGGACCUCCUCCUCCUGCCAGAGCUGCGGGAUUCCUACGAGAACCUGACGGCCAAAGUGCUGGCCACCUACGUCUGGCUGGAUCUGCACCUGGACUUCCAGUUCGCCCUGAAGGCUGAUGACGACACCUUUGUACGCUUGGAUGUGCUGGUGGAAGAGCUUCGAGCCAAGGAGCCACGUCGCCUCUACUGGGGCUUCUUCUCCGGCCGCGGUCGGGUGAAAUCUGGUGGCAAAUGGAAAGAGAGCGCCUGGGUGCUCUGUGACUACUAUCUGCCGUACGCUUUGGGUGGUGGAUAUGUGAUUUCCGCAGAUCUGGUGCGUUAUUUGCGUCUCAGCAGAGACUACCUGAACAUGUGGCAGAGCGAAGAUGUCUCCCUGGGGGUGUGGCUGGCUCCCAUCGAUGUGAAGAGAGUGCACGACCCGCGUUUUGACACCGAGUAUAAGUCACGAGGUUGCAACAAUAAGUACAUAGUAACUCAUAAGCAGAGCAUCGAGGAUAUGCUGGAGAAGCACCAGACCCUGGCUAAAGAAGGAAAGCUCUGUAAGGAGGAGGUGAAGCUCAGGCUUUCCUACAUGUAUGACUGGGGAGUGCCUCCUUCGCAGUGUUGCCAAAGGAAGGAUGGUAUCCCCUGA